AAAGAUUUUACGAAAAUUAUCCAAAUUUAUAUGUAUUUCCAAUGGAGGAGGAUUUAGAAGUGCAGAGCGAUCUAGGCAAGGACACCAUCCCAAUUAAAAUUGGCAUAAUUGGUGAGGCCAAUCUGGACAAGCCCAUCUAUUUGGCGGAGCGCAUGGAGUAUGCUGUAUGCACGCCGUUUGGAAAACCAUCCGAUGUGCUCAUCGAUGGCCAGAUAGAAGGCGUAAAUGUGUGUCUGCUGUCGCGAAAUGGCCGAAACCACAACAUCAUGCCAAGCAACAUUAACUACAGGGCGAAUGUGUGGGCCAUGCGCAAGAUGGGCUGCACCCACAUUCUGGUGACCAACACGUUCAGUUCCCUGAGGGACACCUUCCAGCCGGGACACUUGGUGGUGCCCAACGAUGUGAUAGAUUAUACGUCGCGGCGGGCUCAGACCUUCUACGACGGCGCUGUGGGUAGUCCCUUGGGCGUCUGUCACGUGCCCAUGAAUCCCACCUUUUGCGAACGCACCAGGCAGCACCUCCUGAAUGCCGCCGAGGAACUGCAAUUGCCCACGCAAUCCAGCGGCACCGUCCUCACCCUCGAAGGACCGCGUUACUCCACCGUGGCCGAGAACAACAUGUUCCGCAAGUGGGGCGCCGAUCUGCUGAGCAUGACCCUGUGUCCCGAGGCCAUUUUGGCCAAGGAGGCCGGCAUUCCGUACGCCUCGCUGGGUCUGGUCACCAACAUGGAGUGCUGGUGCGCCAAGCAGCCAAACGCAACCACCCACGAAAUAAUCUAUAUUUUCAAGAAGCAAUCCGAAAACCUCCAGAAGGUCCUGACCACGGCUAUUAGGAAUAUGGCUGCCGAGGAUUGGGCCGAGGACAUCCUAAAGGCAAAGAUUCUGGUGUGCAGUAACUUUGCUAAUAGUAAAUAGUGGCAGGUCCCGUUAAAGGUAUUGUUUUGAAAUUACAAAAAUAAAUUAUAUAAUGUGCGAAGUAUUGGGGUUCUUUUGCAGACCAGAAUUUUUAUUUUGAUGGCACAAAGCUACUUAUCUUGAUCGGGAUUACAGUGAUAGUAAUACGAGAUUAUUGGCCGCAAGGCCAAAGCGAGUCCAAUCGGAAGCUAAUCGGACUAAUCCCGACUUCCCGGUGCACCGACUUAUGCAUAUUCGCAGAGUCGAAAAACCAGUUAGUGAGAACGAUUGCUAGCCGAGUGCAAGCCAAGUGCUGGGUGAAAACUGCUA